GCGCCUGCCACAAACCCGUCGUACUCCCUCCGGAUUUGCCGCAUUAAAUCCUCCAAAUUCGAAAGACAAUGCGUCUUAUUUUUACCUCGAUUCUGAGUGUAGCCACGUGGGAUUUAUGCUCAGCGGUGCAAAUAAACUACGUUAAAGUACCGGGUGCUGUGAAGAACGAUUCCGGAAGUCCGGCGGUUUUAGACUGCAAUUACUCGGUUAGACCCGACGACACGGAGUUGGUGGUGAAGUGGCUGCUGAAUGACGAGGUGGUCUACCAGUGGAUACCCCCGCAAAAGCCACAGAGCCUAGGUUUGCUGAAAAACCGGGUCGAUUUGAGCUAUAAGGCGUCAGAUGACCCGAAGAGCGUCUACAGGGCUAUGAAAAUCUGGAACCCGACUACUGACAUCGCCGGGGAGUAUAAAUGUUUCGUGUCGACGUUCGCAGAUGAGGAUUUCAGUAUCAAGAACAUGAUUGUGUUUGAGCCUGAGAAGUCUUUCGUGAUUUUGAAGGAGGAAGGGAACCACUACAGUGUUAAUUUUACGUGCUAUGCCAACGAAGUGUAUCCAGCACCUAAAUUGAUUCUUUACAAGGAUAGGGCGCACGAGUUUUAUAAUAAGAAUCCGUUGCAGGCGCUUGAGUGGAACACCAGCAGACAUCCCAAUGGACGGUUUUCCGUUUUUGUGAUAGCGAACGCCUUGGUGGAGUCUUUGGCUCCGGGGUCCUUGAUUCACUGCGAGUUGCGCAUUCCAGGGACCGGGUACGUCAAAAAAAGGAGCUUACUGUAUUAUCCCACAGGUUCUGACUCGGGAAGCGCCUGCAGGGGCUGCAACCUCACCGUGACGUUGCUCCUGAUGCUAAUCCUUCCAGCGCUGCGUCUAUAAUCGACACUAAAUUCUAACAUGUGAAACCAAGAGACAUUUUGAUCUCAAGACGAGCGCUGCCAUUUUGGACACAAUUUACUAAAUAAGAAUUUAGAUGUAUUUACUCGCACACCUAUUUUGACUGUCACAAAGAGGGGCAUCGAUCCGGCGCCCUAACCACUUCCCAUUAAUUUUCCUAAAAAACUACAUUUCUUGUAAUUUAUUGUCGCCCAAUUAGCGACUAACAUCACGCCCUUGUGACGUCCGUAUUUUACGAGCAAACUGUGUUUAAAACCCAUCCAACUUCAAAGAGACAUUUAAACUUCAAGUGUAAGACGGUACCAGCCACCACCCCAUUAACUCACCCGUUAUUUCAGGUGUGAAUUAUGAAACUUUCGUUUUUUGUAAAAUAGAAACCUCGUAAUUAUUUAUUGAUAAUAAAUGUAUAAAUAUAGUAAUAAAAACGUUACAAUGUUA